AUGGGAGAAAAGAAAGUAGAUAGAUUCGUUUUCAAAAUGAAUGACAAGAUUGGAUAAGGAUCUUAUGGAUAAGUAUUUUACUUACAUAUUCACAGGUCUUUAAAGGCUAAGACGAAAAAACUAAAGAAUGGGUAGCCAUAAAGAUGGUUUCGAAAGCACUCAUUAAUGAGGAUGAAUAUUUAAGGGAUGGAUUGAUGAAUGAGAUUAAAAUAAUGAAAGAUUUAUAGGGUAACAAUGUAGUUAGGUUUAUCGAUGUGCUUGAAACAAACAAUAAUUACUAUAUUGUCUAAGAAUUUUGUGACGGUGGAGACUUGCAAAAGUAAAACUUAGACUAAGUUAGUCAAUUGAAAAAGAAGAAGUUCCUGCCUUAGAAAGAAGCAAUACAGCUAUUCAUUGAUGUUCUUUUGGGCAUGAUUUAAUUGGUUAAGAAGGGAAUCAUUCACAGAGAUUUGAAGCCAGCAAAUAUCCUCAUUAACAAGGGGAUCUAUAAAAUAGCAGGUAUUAUGUAAUCGAUACUCUUUAAGAUUUUGGGUUUUCGAAAGCCAUUGAUAACUUUAGUAAGCAAAUGAUUGAGUCUGUUGUUGGUACACCUCUUUACCAAUCUCUUCAAUUGUUGAAAGCAGAAAAAUACACAUCCAAAAGUGACAUUUGGUCUUUAGGCUUCAUCUUUUAUGAGACUCUGUUUGGCCAGAGUAAAUCAGUUAAGUUUUAUUCUCCUAGCUCCGUGGGUAGCCAGAUCGAUCCCUGAAUUAGUGAAGAAUAUCACAUCUUUGCCAUUGAAAUUCCCACAGGAUAAAAAUGUAGACCCUUAGAUCUAAGAUAUGAUAAGAGGCUGUCUGUAAUUGUAAGAAAAGGACAGAUUAGGUUGGGAUCAAUUAUAUAGACAUGCUUGUUUUGGACAGAGCUUCUCAUUCUAUACAAAUCAAGCCAAAUAGCUAGAGGACAAGGCAAUGUUUUUGGUGUAAGAUUUAAGAUUUAAAGUUAUGAAAGAUAAGAUCGAUUUGGAAAAGGUGUUUAUCAAAUAUGACAAAUCAGGAGAUAACUCACUUGAUAUGAAAGAGUAAUGUGAGUGAUUUUAUUAGAUUAACUCUGUUAUUGCAUGAGAUAGACCCUAAAUUGGAUAGAGAUGAGAUCGAAUACAUCUUCAACAAAAUAGAUCUGGAUGGCAGUAACUCUAUUGAAUUGAAUGAAUUCAAAAAAUGGUUAGAGGAGAACCAAGUCUAAAUGUCUAUAAGAAACCGGUCUUAACCACUCAUCUAAAGAAAAGGAACUGUAGAGAUGCCAAAGGUUUAUCCUAAUAAUUCAGAACAAGCAAUCCCAGAUUUUGAUAAUACAUAGAAUGUAUAAAAUAUAAUUACUUAAUAAUAAUAAUAAAUAGGAAAUCAAUAAUAAUAGUAAUAAAAUUAGAAAUAAUAUACAAAUUAAUAAUCAUAAUAAUAUCCAUAAUAAUAGUAAUAAUCAUAAUAAUAUCCAUAAUAAUAAUAAUAAUAAUAAGUAGGAAAUCAAUAAUAAUAUUAAAAAUAAUAUUCAAAUUAAUUAUCAUAAUAAUUCUCAUAAUAACCAUAGCAAUCAUAAUAAUAUCCACCAUAAUAAUAUCCACAAUAAUUUUAAUAUGCAUGUUCUCCCGGAUAAUAAGGUAUGCCCAGCUCUUAAUAACUUUAUUAAAUGUAAUCUCAACCCUUUAAUCAAAUGAAUAAUUCAUAACAAUACAAUUAAGCCUAUUAUCAACAACCUCCCGCCUAUAUACCUAAUCAGUAACCUCAGCCACCCCAAAAUUUGGCUUAAGAGAGAGCUAUGUUAACCAUCUAAAAGUUGGUUAUUGCAAUUGAGAAAUUCAACAUCAACAUCUACGAACUAUUUAGAAAGUAUGAUAAAACUGACUCACAGUCAUUGGAUAUGAAAGAGUUCGGAGUGAUGCUCAGGUAUCCCAAUUAAAACUAAUCUUUUACCAUAGGAAAAUCGAUAGCCAAUUGACUGAUCUAGAUAUUAGUCAGGCCUUUUGGAUAUUUGACGUUGACAGAAGCCAAGAAAUCACUUUCAAAGAGUUCCAAGAUGGAAUCCUUUGGUACUUAAAUCAAUGGAAAGCCCAAGUUAAUUAAUAAAACAGUGUUGGUUAACAAUAUUAAAAAUAUUGA